AGUUUCAACUUCUACCAACAGAAGCGCUGGUAACGUGAUAACUGUUUCCGUCUACAUUUGGUUAACUUGUUUUCACUUCAUCUCUUUACCUGAACAGCUUUUGGUUACUUUCAUGUUUUCAUUUUCCAAUUUGGAUUAUCCAAUUUUGAUAAUCUUCUUCUUCUUCUUCUGGUUAACAUGUUGAUUAUUUUUCUCCUUUAAUCUCAGUGUCCAAUUGUUUCGGUGGUAAUUAUGGUUAAUUGUUUAGUCAACUCAUCGUUUUCCGUUUUUUUUUGUAACACUUUGUUUCCCUUUGGCAAACAGUCAACAUAAUCCAACCAUAUUGUUGAAUUUAGAUUAACCUUUAUCUUUGUUUAUCUCUGUCUAUUUUUUUAUUCUCUUUGUUUUUCUCUGUCUUUUGUUAUCUUUGAUUUGUUCUCAUUUUCAUCAUCAUCAUCUUAAUCUCCAUCAUCUUACAACAUCAACAAUUCUAAUCAUCAACAGUGUAAUGGUUUAAAUGGAUGGAAAGAUUUUCUUUUACUAUUCCUCUCGGUGACCCAUGUAAACAAGAUGAAUUCAUCUGACCAAUUGGUUGAGUUAAUUUUUGCUAAUCUAAAUUGUAAAUGAAACUCUUAUUAACUAAUCCUUGGAACUUGGUGUUAUUUCAAUGGAGUUUUUUUUAUAUGUUCAUCACUUCCCUAAAUCUAAUUAAAUUAUAAAUCUGUUUGUUGACCAUAAUGAAUGACAACUCAGAGGAAUCAGAGUCUCACGAAUUGGAGGAAGGAUCUAAUCUAACAAAUUCUGGUUUUAGUGUACAAAUUGUCUCAAGUUCUAUUGUCCAUCCAUCGUCGACCUCAUCUUUACUUGCCACUGAACCUCCUCUUCCUGGUGCCAUUGAAGAGAUGCCUUCGAACAAUGUUCCUGAUAAACCGAGAGGUUAUGAUAAUAAUCAUGUUAAUAGGGAAGGAGAUGAUGAAAAUGAUGAGAAUAAAUCAAAAAUUUCUCUCAAUCAAGAUACAAUUUUCUUUGAAGAUGGAGAGCGUCGAAUUGAUUUUAUAAUAGUUAACAAAGCUACUCAAUUAUUUCGUGAAAAAUUUGACAAAUGUCGUGAAAUCUUUGAGAAUAAUUUAAUUCAAGAAGGGUUACAUUUGGAAUCAUGUUCGGGUCACAGAGGGAAUUCAUUCCUACGAUUUACCAAGAUUCAUGCUCCAUGGGAAGUUCUUUCUCGAUACGCGGAGAUCUUACACUUUAAAAUGAAAGUGAAACCGAUUGAAUCUUGGAAGACAAAAUUCAUGGACGAAUCACUGAGAACAUCUCCGUCCAUGACAUCGAGCAUCGCACCGCCAGUCACUACAAUAAAGAGACCAAAGUUGAGGAAAGAGAAAUUUACUGCAACUUGGAGACGUGACAAAGAAUACAUGUUCGAUAUUCAAAGUGAUGGUAGAGAAAACUUUUUUUCACCAGCCCAAAGAUCACGAAUCGUUGAUUAUAUUCUCAAACGGACAAGUUUCGAUGAAGGUCGAGCGGACGCUUCGUGCCUUGGGAUCGAUAAAAUGAUGGAAGAUGGUGCUUAUCAAGCUGCUUACCCUCUUCACGAGGGUAAAUUAACUAUGGACCAUAAAGAUACUCCUCGAAUGGAAUUAUACUCUAAAUGGGCCUCGUUUUGGCACUUUUUUGACCCUCAACCUCUCGACGAAAUAUGUCACUAUAUGGGAGCUAAAAUAGCAAUGUAUUUCGCUUGGUUAGGUUUUUAUACGAUUAUGUUGAUUCCCGCCUCGAUUGUUGGCCUUGGUUGUUUCAUGUACAGUAUCGCUACUUACCCUUCGGAUACAGUGUCUCUUGAAAUUUGCACCAAAUCGUAUGAUGAUGUAGCCAUGUGUCCACUUUGUUCAGACCAUGAUUGUGAUUAUUGGCUAUUAUCGUCCUCUUGUAUUGACACCUUUUUCUCUUACCUUUUCGAUAAUCCAUCCACUAUUUUAUUUGCCGUUUUCAUGUCCAUUUGGUCGGCAAUUUUCACUGAAUUCUGGAAGCGAUACUCAGUUACCAUAACCUACCAGUGGGAUAUCUCAUCUUUAGACUAUUAUGAUGAGGUCCCUCGACCAGAGUAUCUUGCCAAAUUGGACCAACAAAAGAAAAAACAACUCAAUUAUAUUACUCGAAUGUACGAACCUUAUGUACCUUUCUGGAAGAAACGAUUCCCCUACCUUGUUUUAUCGGGUUCUUUGGUUCUCUUCUUCAUCUCUAUACUCAUUGCCGUGUUUUGGUAUAAUUUUUAUCGCGUUUCCGUUAAAACUGCCCUUUCAGAAGAUCUUGACCCAAUUGGUCGAUACUCAUCUUUAAUUAGUGCAACCACAGCAUCUUUCAUAAACGUUAUUCUCAUAAUAAUCUUCAAUUGGAUCCAUGAAAAAGUAGCCUACAAGUUAACUGAAAUGGAAUUGCCUCGAACUCAAAACGAUUUCGAUAACAGUCUAACACUCAAAUUAUACAUUCUACAAUUUAUCAAUUAUUAUUCUUCAUUAUUUUAUAUCGCAUUUGUUAAAGGUCGAUCAGUUCGUAAUCCCGGUGAUAUGUUUAAACCUGGUCUGUUGAACAAAGAGCAAUGUGGCCUUGGUGGAUGUUUCGUCGAACUGACCAUUCAACUAGCAAUCAUAAUGAUUGGAAAACAAGCAAUAUUUGCCAUUCUUGAGAUGAUUCAACCUUGGUUCGAGAAAAGAAGAAACAGAAAACUUUUAAACUUUAGUGCUAAAGAUUUACUUCGUUUACCUCAAUGGGAAGCAGAUUUCGCUUUGAAGGGUUGGGAAUCAACAGCCUUAUUUUAUGAAUACUUAGAAAUGGUCAUUCAAUUCGGAAUGGUCACUCUAUUUGUCGUCGCCUUCCCUUUGGCUCCGUUGUUUGCAUUGAUCAAUAAUGCAUUGGAAAUUCAUUUGGAUGCAAGAAAAUUUUUGUGUCACUAUAGACGUCCGAUUGCAAUUCGUAUUAAAGAUAUCGGUGUUUGGUCUCACAUUAUAACGGCAUUGGGUAAACUUUCCGUUCUAACCAAUGCUUUGAUCAUUGCAUUCACUUCAAGUUUAAUACCCAAAGUUUAUUAUCACAUGAAAACUGGUUCACUUGAAGGUUACAUACCCUGGUCACUUUCGUAUUAUGAGACAAAAUAUUUACCGCAGAAUCUGACCAAUUUCAUCAAUGAGUUCGGCCUUUCCCUCAAUUCAUCAACCAUGUGCGCUUAUUCUGGUCUCCGGUAUCCACCGGGCAGAAAUCAUCAAUAUCUACCAAGACAAGCCUUUUGGGAAGUUCUCGUUUAUCGAUUGGUGUUUGUUGUCACUUUCAUUAAUAUAAUUUGGAUUUUUAAUUCUUUCCUCGAAUGGAUUAUUCCGGAUGUUCCUAAGAAACUUAAUCAAAGGAUCAGACAAAACACUUACCUAACUAAUGAAUUUAUCAUUAACCAAGAAACAAUGAGAACGAGAUCAUCUUAUAGCUCAGCUAAACAAUCAUCUUCAAAUAUUACAAUUGAUCCACAAGUCUAAUUGUUAACUGAUCAUUAUAUUUAAAUAUUAUCUGAAUAAUGUACUUAAAAUGUUGACAAUGUAAAAGAAUAUAUUGAUAUUUAUGUUGUAAAUUGUAUCAAUCAAUUGCAGGAAAUUUGCAAUAUCAUAAAGCCUAUUAAAUUGUUUAUUUACAAAGUAAA